AUUUUUAUGCUAUAUUAGAAGAAAACAGCCCACCUAAUUGUCUCGUGUCGCAUCGAGAUUGACCAUAAUAAACAGAAUAUUCAGAAGGAAUAAGCGUUGAUCGAAUAGAAGAAAGGGGUGAUCACAUAGAUCUGGUAAUCCGAUUCCGAUGGCUUCUACAGAGGGUUUGGUGCCCAUAACUAGGGCCUUUCUAGCGUCUUACUACGAUAAACACCCCUUUACUCCUCUUUCUCACGAUGUCUCUAGACUUACUACUGAGCUACGUUCUAUGGCCAGUGAUUUGCUCGCUCAACAUCCUCCUACCCAAGGAGAAAUCAGAUUAAUAAAUGAAGCUGACAGCCAGCCUCCGCAUAAGAUUGAUGAAAACAUGUGGAAGAAUCGAGAGUAUAUUGAAGAAACAAUUUUUUUACUUGAAGGAUUUAAUUGGCCAGAGGCGCUGAAACAGCAGUCCACACCCGAGAAUGUUGCAUUUUCCAUUAUGCUUGGGAAGCUGAAAGAUAAACUUCGGCAUACAUUGAGGAGUUUGGAAUCUUUCCAAAUAAAAAAUGCUGAACAUGUCUUUAACACAGUUAUGACAUAUCUGCCUCAAGAUUUUCGAGGAACUCUCCUCAGACAACAACGGGAACGCUCAGAGAGAAAUAAGCAAGCAGAGGUGGAUGCUUUGGUCAAUUCUGGUGGUAGCAUACAUGACCGAUAUGCUCUUUUGUGGAAACAACAAAUGGACAGGAGGAGGCAAUUAGCUCAGCUUGGAUCUGCAACAGGAGUCUAUAAAACUCUCGUGAAGUACCUAGUUGGAGUUCCUGAGGUAUUGCUUGAUUUUACAAGGCAGAUUAAUGAUGAUGACGGGCCCAUGGAGGAGCAGCGUCAUCGCUAUGGACCACCAUUAUACAGCCUUACCUCCAUGAUUCUAUCUAUCCGAUUCUUCCUUUCAUUAUCAUGGGCACGAUAUUGGGCUAAGACAUUACAAAGGGAGCAGUUAGCUGUUUUGGAACAAGCUGUUGAUGUCUACACCAUGGAGUUUGAGAGGUUCAUCACAUUUAUUAGUGCGGUCUUUGCAAAUUCUCCUUUCUUCAUUCCAGCAGAUGUUGCUGGUGCAAUGGAAGUAAGGAAAAAUGAUGACUACAAAGAGACAAGUGUUCCAGCUGGGAAAACUUAUGAGGUUAUACUCUCGGUGGACUCGGUAAACUCGUAUAUUGCAUGGGAUUUUUCUCUAGUACAAGGCAAGAUAAAUAUGGAUAUUGGAUUUAGUUUGGAGUUUUCAAGUCCUACUGGGGAGAAAACUCUGAUGUUGCCUUACCGCCGUUAUGAGUCUGACCAAGGGAACUUCUGCACAUUAAUGGCUGGAAGCUAUAAACUGAUAUGGGACAACACACAUUCAACUUUUUUUAGAAAGGUGCUACGGUAUAAGGUAGACUGUAUACCUCCUGUCACGGAGCCUGUGCAGUUCGACUGAUGCCAAGAUUGAGACGUGUUCCAAUUGAUUUGAUGCCAAGAAAGCCUGUUGGAUAGGCAUGAUACCGAUUGAUUUGCUAGUAAUUUUAAUCUUAUAUAAACAGAAGUUCCAAUUACUCAUGCCAAGAUUGAGACGUGUUCAAUUGAUUUGUGUGAAGAGACAGGUGUAAAUAUUAAAUGACUUAUAAUUCAAGUAAUGUAAUAAUUGAAUGUAGUAAUUAGCUAACUAACUUACCAAUCAGUUAGUUAGUUAGUUAGAUUGCAGUUAGAAUGUGUAAGAAUAUGUCAUGUUUAAAUAUGAUUGUCAAUCUAUGAAAUAUACAAGUCUUACCAUUUGUUCAA